UCAUGGAUGUUGCUCGCAAAAUAAAGACGAAAGUGUGCGCUGGAUUCAAGAUGCGGGGACUUAUACUACGACCUGAAGCCAGCAGGUACCUUGUGGAGGUCCUGGAGUCUGUCGAUUCCUCUGAGCUGGAGGAUAUUAUUGAAAAGGUCCUGGAUGCAGUAGAAAAGCAACCAUUGUCCAGUAGUAUGAUCGAGCUGUCUGUGGUGGAGAUUGCAGUGCAGGACUGCACUCAGUCUUGUGAUGAAACCAUAGAUAAUGUUUUCAACAUCAUUGGAGCCUUUGAUGUUCCCAGAUACAUUUACAGUGUGGAGCGUAAAAAAUUUGUUCCCAUCAGCAUGACGAGUCAUCCGGCCCCAAGUCUGUGUGGUUUGGCUAGGGACAAAGCUGAACUGUUCAGGGAGCGCUACACAAUAUUACAACAGCGUACACAUCGACACGAGCUCUUCACCCCACCUGCAAUAGGAGCUGCUGUUGAAGAGGGUCAAAACAAAUUUCAGCUGAAGACAAUUGAAGCACUACUUGGUAGCACAGCUAAACUGGGAGAGGUGAUCGUACUCGGGAUGGUCACACAACUAAAGGAGGGUAAAUUCUUCCUGGAGGACCCAAGUGGAACAGUACAGCUGGACAUGUCCAAAGCACAGUUUCAUAACGGCCUAUACACAGAAUCCUGCUUUGUCUUGGCAGAAGGUUGGUACGAAGACUCUGUGUUCCACGUCAAUGGUUUUGGAUUCCCACCAACAGAGCCUUCAUCAGCCACGAGGGCUUACUACGGCAAUGUUAACUUCUUUGGAGGUCCGUCCACUACUUCAGUGAAGGUGUCGGCCAAGCUGAAGCAGCUGGAGGAGGAGAACGAGGACGCCAUGUUUAUAAUUGUCUCUGAUGUGUGGCUGGACAGUGUUGAAGUGAUGGAAAAGCUCAACCUAAUGUUCUCAGGCUAUGCUGCGAUGCCUCCCACCUGUUUCAUUUUAUGUGGAAAUUUCUCCUCUGUGCCAUAUGGAAAAACACAGAUCAAAUCACUCAAAGAGUCAUUGAAGGCUCUUGCUGAUGUAAUAUGUGCACACCCAAGCAUUCACAGCAGUAGCCGCUUUGUGUUUGUUCCUGGUCCUGAAGACCCUGGUACAAGCACCAUCCUGCCAAGACCUCCCUUGGCAGAUCACAUCACUGAGGAGUUCAGACAGAGGGUGCCAUUUUCCGUGUUCACUACUAACCCCUGCAGGAUCCAGUACUGCAGCCAGGAGAUCAUCAUUAUCAGGGAAGACCUGGUCAACAAGAUGUGCAGGAACUGUAUCCGGUUGCCCAACAACAAUCUUGACAUACCGAAUCAUUUUGUUAAGACCAUCCUGUCCCAGGGUCACUUGACUCCACUGCCACUGCAUGUCAGUCCUAUAUUCUGGGCGUAUGACUACUCGAUGCGUGUGUACCCAGUCCCUGAUGUCAUGAUCUUCGCUGACAAGUACGACCCCUUCAGCAUCACCAGCUCAGACUGCCUAUGUGUCAACCCGGGCUCAUUUCCAAAAAGUGGCUUUACAUUUAAAGUGUACUACCCAUCCAACAGAACUGUUGAGGACAGCAAACUUCAAGGAAUGUAAACAGAAGAGAGUGGAAUUACAAGCGGAGCUGUCUUUUUUUGUACAAUGUCUUUGUAUGAUACUGUAUGC